AUGAGGUGCAGCGUUCAAAAUUGUAUCAGCGACUCUAAGCGAACACCUAAAAGCCAAGGAAUAACUUUCCAUUUGUUCCCAAAAGAGGCGCAUCUGCGCACUGCUUGGGUGGAAGCCCUCGGAAUAACAGACUGGGAGCCAGGUGAACGCAGCAGCAUCUGUUCCGAGCACUUCCGCAACGAAGAUUUCUAUGAGACCAAGUGCGGAUUGAGAAAGGUCAAGAGUGGCGCGGUGCCUUUUAUUGUGCAGAACACAAAUGAAGACCUCGACGCGCCAGCUGUUUUAAAGGUUUGCAGGAUAUGCCUGGUGAUGGACACCAAGCUGUACAACAUUGCAGACCACAAACUGGACUUCCUAUACAAAAAGCUAACAGGACUGACGGUCAACGAAAAGGACAAACUGCCGCAGAAGGUGUGCUGGGAGUGCGCGCACCGAUUGUCCUCAAGCCACCGUUUUAGGAGCCGGGCUCUCCUCAGCCAGCAACUGAUGGUGGCUACCCUGAAAUUGAAGAAAUUUAUCACAGUGCGCGACGUGAGGUCAAUAAACCGAGCGAAGAACGGGCUCCACAGCGCGCUCGUUCAGAAGAUAUUCGACGCCGACGACUGCGACCUGUCGAUAAGGGAAAGCGAGCUGACCUUCAAGACGGAGCACGACUCGGGCGAUGACGUCACCGACUACGCAGACGAGGACAUCACGACUGACAUGACAGACGACAACAUGUCAGACGCCACGCUCGGCGGCCCGGGCGGUUUCAUCAAGCUGGAGCACGAGGUGGCCCGCCACGUCAUCGAGAUGGAGGUGAAGGGGGGCUCGAACGCGAUCUUCCUCAGCGAGUUCAACAAUUACGACAGCGACGACAACAGGAAGCUCAGCGAGGUGUUCGCGAGGCCAAAGGGCAAGCCGAAGCGGAAGAGGCCGAAGUCGGAGCGGACCGAGAGGACGGCAAAGGUGGAGAAGACAGAGAAAACGGAGAAGACGGAGAAAACGGAGAAGACGGAGAAAACGGAGAAGACGGAGGAGACGGAGGAGACGGAGAAGAUUGAGAAGAAUUCGAAGGCGGCGAAGCGGAAUAACGGCGAAGACAACCCUUCAACUACCAUGGACAAGUACAAGGUGUCGGACGUGAAGCGGCGCAAGACCAGCGACGGCCUCGACGAGACGCUGUUCACCAUCAGCAGCCUCACGUACGACGAGCAGAUCGAGGAGAUAGCCAAGAGGCAGGAGACGGCCGCGUACCGGAACGCGCCGUACAAGUGCACGGUCUGCUACCGCGGCUUCCAGAUACGGGAGCGGCACGAGGCGCACGUGGUGCGCCACAGCGAGCAAAGCGGCGCGUACGAGUGCUUCAUAUGCAAGACCAGGCUGAAGACGGCGCGCGCUCUGAGGAAGCACCUCACCGCCCAGCACACGGAGAAGUUCAGCUGCAAGGGGUGCCCCUUCGUCACGAGGAACAGGGGAGUGGCGCGGGAACACGAGAGGUGGCACGCGGGCACCAAGUACCAGUGUCCGCACUGCGCCUCCGAAUUCGACAAGCUCACCACGUACAUGGGCCACAUAAGGAUAAAGCACGCGUCGGACUUCGUCUGCGAGCUCUGCGGCUACACGUUCGUCAGCAAGAAGGGGAUCGAGGUCCACAAGAAGAAGAAGCACCGGCUGCACGACAAAAACGUAACCCUGGAGGGUCCUUUCUGUGACGUAUGCGAGGUCCGCUUCAUCUCGGAGGAGGCCCACGCACGCCACUUGAAACUAUCGUCGAGGCACAGCAGCGAGAGUGAUCCGAACCGAAUCCGCAACGACUCGCAGAGCAUGAACUCGGAGCGCGGGGGGCGGACGGUGCGCCGCAUCGAGAGGCGGCCCACCGUGCACCCGCGCGCCCUCUGCGACCGCGAGCGCGCCGAGACGGGGCCCGUCGCCUGCGAACAGUGCGGCCUCCAGCUGCGCGACCUUCGCCUUUACGCGCAGCACUUCAGGCGCGCCCACCCGGACAAGAAUCGAACCAAGUACCCCGCGAUGAAGACGCCCUGCAUGUGCGAGCAGUGCGGCCGCAUAUUCCAGAGCAUGGCGCUGCUGAAGGACCACAUGUGGGUGCACACGGGCGAGAAGCGCUUCAAGUGCUCCAGCUGCGACAAGAGCUUCACGCAGAAGAGCAACCUGGUGUUCCACCUGAGGGUGCACAGCGCGCAGCGGCCCACCUACGAGUGUCCCCUCUGCGGGAAGCAGUUCGCCUUCUUCAACAACCGCCGCCGGCACAUGUUCAUCCACACGGGGCUGAAGCCGUUCCGCUGCGACACGUGCGACAAGUGCUUCACCACGGCGGGCGAGCAGCGCGCCCACGUGCAGCACGUGCACCUCAAGAAGCCCUGGCCGAAGAGGGCGCGGGCGAGGCGCGAGUGGCACAAGGCGCAGAUG